AAAGUCCAGGUGGGAGAGUGACUCUAAAGAGCCGGGACUGUGGUGGGGAACGAAGCUCUGAAUGUGCUUCACCUUAAUCCUCUUUGUCGAACCAGCUUUGCUUCGCCAUGAGGGGUGGAGCUGUGAUUGUGCUGUGCCUGACCGUAUCCGCGGCACUCUCUGAAGAAAUCAUCAACACCACGGCCACAGACCAGGGUGACCCGAGCACCGACGCAGACUGGGGCAUUGGCUCCAUCCGAGACAGCUUCGAAGCCAUAAAUGGAUACUUUGACUCAUUCCUGGAGCUGCUCGGUGGCAGGAAUGGAGUCUGUCAGUACAAGUGCCGCUAUGGGAAGGCGCCUCUUCCGAGACCUGAGUAUAAACCUCCAGAGCCCAAUGGCUGUAGCUCCUCUUUCCUUGGACUCAAGGUACCAGACACUCUCGACUUGGGAAUCCCGGCCAUGACAAAGUGUUGUAACCAACUCGACCUUUGCUACGACACUUGCGGAGCCAACAAGUACCGAUGUGACGCCAAAUUCCGCUGGUGCCUCUAUGGCAUCUGCUCAGAUCUCAAGAAAAGUCUGGGCUUUGUAUCAAAGGUUGAAGCCUGUGAAUCCGUGGCAGAUACCAUGUUCAAUGCUGUCUGGACGUUGGGCUGUAAACCUUUCAUGAACAGUCAGAGAUCAGCCUGUGUAUGCAAUGAGGAGGAAAGAGACGAGCUCUAAAGAUAAAGGUCGCAUAAUCUAUGUCUGUGUGUGAGUGUAUGUGCGUAUGUGUGCGAGUGUGUGUGCGUGUGUGGGUGCGUGGGUGUGUCUGCACAUACAAUGCGACUCUCCAUAAGACCAGAAGACCUCUCCUGCUCCAUGAUGAUGUAUACAUAUUACCUGCCUUUCCAUGUAAAUAUGUUGUAACUGUCUUCACUGACACGUGUACAUGCAACACUGGAGCUACCUGCUGGCACUGUAACUUAUUUAUUUCAGCUCUUUUCACAGAAUCAAGCAGCACAGAAGGAGGCUACUUGGUCCUUCAUCUUUGUGCCAAGUUUAUCAUAAUUUUAUGUCAAUUCAUGAGAAGCAAUUACUACUUUCAUCAUGGUCCAUCUUCUAGAACCUUCUCCAUCUGUAUGUGAAGUGAUUCCAUUGAGUCAUUCCCAAAACAUGACUGCACAGAAUAAAGCCAUUCGGUCUGUCAAGUCCAUACCAUUUCUUUUGGGGCUUGGUGCUCAAAAGUAUCAAUAUUUUGUGGAGCGAGGGAGGUGGGGAAUAAUUCAUAUUGAGAAUGAACAAAAUUAUGCCAAGCCGAAUGUUCUGUUAUUUAAAUAAAUCUUUACAAAUGUG